AUGUCGCUUACCUUGCAUGAUUGCCCGCCUCAUGAUGGUGAACACGAGACACCCACAUACCCAUUGAUUUAUGACCCGUUGUAUUACCCUGAUGAAGUAUCCGUGUUGUCCGCUGUUGCAUGUGAUCUACCAUGGCUCUCUGCAUCACUUAUGUGCUACAAAAGCAACCUGAACUGUUUGACAGCUCCCAUCCCGUGUGAUGCUGCCCCCAACGCGUUGGAUUGUCCUUGCAAUUUUGAAAUCCUGCGGACGGAGCUUGUCAGUUCGUCUGAUGAUGUGCUUACACAGCGUUUCUCGAUGCACCUACCCAGCACUUCUCUCCAAACUCGCACGACAUUGAUCGCAGCAGCUGUUCACCUUGCUUAUGGUUCCGAUGUUGCAGCUGCACUCUGCCGCUCUCCAGUGAUAGUAGCCUCUUCUCCAACUUCGAUUCCUCCCCCCUCUGGCAUAUUUGACCUUCACCAGUAUUGGCUUUUCUUUUCCCUGGAUGAGCUCACCUGUGUCUGGAGCGUCUUCUGUUCAAUCAUGCAUUCGUUCUUCGUUCUUUCUCAACCUCGCAUCAAUCGCUUUCAGGCUUGCGUUCACACCGUCGGUCAUGUAGUGUGCUCGCCAACUUCGUACGCCUAG